ACCUGCGCAGGUAAGGUGUUUGACGAAAAUUGAACGAACAUGGCUGUGUUUUUUGGGCGGGGACCAUUCUCAAUCAAGCGAGAGGUAAUAGCAAGAGAUGGCACGUUCCGAUCGUUGCGCGUCUGUGGAUCCGUCAAGUCACCGUCGUACUAGACCUGAAGCUCUAGAUUAGCGUGUGUUUUGCUUAAGAACACACCUUUCGCCCACUGAUGAUCUUUACGUUCGGAAACAAUAUACCAUCGCGCCUCAUCUCAUCCAUUCGUUGCCAUUUGUCUUGUCACCAAGUUGAUCGGCGCUGAUUUUAGCUUCAGGCUAGACACCUUUCUUUGUUCUUCUUUUUCUUCUUCUAUCGUCAACCACUUACUCGACAUGAACUCGACAAUGCAAGAUGGUUCCGCAACCGGGGCAAUCCCACCCGACGCCUACACCUUUCGUCUAUACCACUACGAUCCCACCAUCCCGGGCGCAAUCGUAGUCGCCGUGAUUUUUCUUGGUACCACGGUUUUUCACUUUUGGCAGUUGAUCAAAAGCCGUUGCUGGUUCAUGAUUCCCUUGGCAGUGGGCGGCAUUCUCGAGGUCGUUGGAUACGCCGGCAGGGCAAAGUCGGGUGACGAAAGCCCGAAUUGGACGCUGGGCCCGUACAUCAUCCAGGCCAUUCUGUUGCUGGUGGCGCCGGCGCUUUUUGCAGCCUCAAUCUACAUGGCCCUCGGACGCAUCAUCCAAAGGGUCGACGGCGAGAACCGCAGCUUGAUUUCGCUCCGAUGGUUGACAAAGAUCUUUGUCACGGGGGAUGUUCUCUCGUUUUUCUUGCAGGCUGGAGGGGGUGGCUACCAAGCAGCCGGCAGUCUGGAAGCACUGGAGGACGGUUCCAAGAUCAUCAUUGCCGGUCUUUUCGUCCAGCUGUUUUGUUUUGGCUGCUUCAUCGUCAUCUCGGUCGCCUUCCACUUGGCCAUCAACAAGCAGCCCACCGGUCGAUCGGCAAGCGACAUCCCCUGGCGAAAGCACCUCAAGGCGCUGUACCUGGGGAGCGCCCUGAUCAUGGUUCGAUCCAUCUUUCGCGCCGUCGAGUAUCUCCAGGGGUUCAAUGGGUAUCUCCUCAGCCACGAGGUAUACCUGUAUGUGUUUGACGCCCUGCUCAUGAUUUUCGUCAUGAUAUGGUUCAACUUGGUCCAUCCUGCGGAGAUCCUGAGCCCUGUGAGGGGCAAUCAAUGGCAUGGAGACAUUGAUGAGGACUGCUCUGGCAUGAGAAUGUCAUGAGACCGCCGCUAGCAGACAGUAGCAGCAGCAGUCGCAAAGCUAUGAGGGAAACUUGCAAGUUGCAACUUCCAGACGCCGACUAAAGCAAGGGUACCUCGACUUUGUAAAGACAAAAGACAAUGACAGCUAAUCCUCGGGGCGGAACCUCGGAAAUCUUGUAGACUAACUUGUUUUUAUAGCGAUAUUAAAUAACAAAUUAUAGACUUAUCCGCAAAAACGCAAAACAA